AAAUUACCAACUGGUAAAGUAAGUAAAGGGCGGACCAGAGCAGCCACAUAGGAAAGUUUGACAUCAAUAGCGGUAAAGACAGAGAAUCAGACCUUGAAAUGAGCAUUGUUAGGAAUUCUAUUUUAGUUAAUGCGGCCGAGUCAAGCCCAUUUCUCACCUACAAGCGCAUACGACUUACUGUAGCAAAGACAAAGACAUAGAUCCCGCUAUGGAAGCUCGGCCUAGCCAUGAAGGAAGGUCUCUUGCUGUCGAAGAAGUAUGCCCAACAAACGAAAGUGUUCACGGUCUUGAGGAAGUUGGUUUGACUAUUCAUUUCCAUAGGCAAGACUAGUCAGGAAGGUAGUACCAAAGAAGGAUCAUUUGGCAUAGGCAGCGAGCCCCUACUAGGGCCAGUGGUUGUGGCUCGACUGGAUGGCAUGGGUAGACUUUCCUUCCUCCAUACAGUACGGCGCGCUCCCGUCACCCCCGAAGCCCGGUGGCACGGACCUUGUGUACAACUCCUAUAUUUCAGUCAAUUUCGAUCUGUCACCAAAGAGAAAAGGGUCGUAUAUUAGCGUGGACAGGGAAGCUAUUCAAGCCAUCAUGGAGUUUGAUUCCGUCUAUAACAGCAAGUCUUACAGCGCCGAAAUCAGACAAGGAGCAUCCAGGGAAAAGUCAGAUGAGCAGUGCAGUGAGGAAUAGGAUCACUUUUCCUUUCAGUCUCGAAGCAAGCUGUGGUACAAUCACUCCUUCGCUCCGGCUCGUUCCGUUCCCGUGUAAAAGCUAGACUUUCUAUUCUUAUAUCGCAGUGAACGAAGUUCGCGAUGGGUUAAGGGGCCCUGACUCUUAUCUUGUUUUCAAUCUUUCACUUUAAUUGCUCUUUUGAGUCGACUGUUCACUCAGGGGUGGUGAAUGGCUAGCCAAAGAAAGGCACCUAUUUUUUGUGUUUGGAGAAAGAUCGUGGUGAAAGGAAAGCCUCUAUACCUUGUGUAUGAAAAAAGCUAGCUUCACUUCAAAAGCUCUCUUUACUUUAGCCCUUUACCUUAAAUAC